CGGCCACGCCCCUUCCGAACGCUCAGCCACAGCCCGCACCGGGCCCGGACACAAAGUAGCGAAGGGCCAGAGGGCAGACGCCGCUCGCGGAGGGGGCUCUCUCCUGUUGCUUUCGGAGGCAGGCCAAGACUCCUGCUAGCUGAGCUUCUCGGCUCCUGCGCUGCGGACAGGCCGUGCGCCCCCCGAGGGGAACACAGGGAGCAGGAGAGGCCUUUCCAGCUGCUCCAGGGCCAUGGCUGAGUGGCCGGGGCCCAGGGCCAACCCCGACCAGAUGAUCUGGAGCCCUGGCUCCAGCAUGGCUGCACUCCGGUCCCCCACAGGCUUGGAGGUGAAGCUGGGCUCCCUGGUGACGCUGCUGCUGCUGACCAUCUUGUGCGGCCUGGCUCCACUCUGCGUCUUCCGGCCACACGGGAGCGGAGCCGGUUCCCUGGACACGCGCAGAAAGGUCCUGAGCCUGGUGAGCUGCUUUGCGGGUGGCGUGUUCCUGGCUACCUGCCUCCUUGAUCUGGUCCCCGACUACCUGGCGAGCAUCAACGAAGCGCUGGCUGCCCUGAGAGUCACCCUCCAGUUCCCCCUGCAGGAGUUCAUCCUGGCCAUGGGCUUCUUCCUGGUGCUGGUCAUGGAGCAGAUUGUGCUGGCCUACAAGGACCAGUCCGGCUCCCUGGAGGAGACGCGAGCUCUGCUGGGGGCCUCGGCCCAGGACGGCACCGUCCAGGCCCAGCACUGGCACCCGGCCUGGGGCCCUGCCCAGGAGCGCCCCCACCUGCACGUUGACUUCAAUGCGCACUCGGCCAUCCGCUCCUUCAUCCUGGUCUUCUCGCUCUCGCUGCACUCCGUCUUCGAGGGGCUGGCCGUGGGGCUGCAGGAGGCCAGCGCCAAGGUGCUGGAGAUCUGCCUGGCCCUGCUUAUCCACAAGUGCGUCAUCGCCUUCAGCCUCUCGCUCAAGCUGCUGCAGGGCCGGCUGCGCCCCCGGGCUGUGGUUGGCUGCCUGCUGCUCUUCGCCCUCAUGUCCCCGCUGGGGAUCGGCCUGGGGGUGGCCCUGACGGAGACCUCGGGCGCCCUGCACCAGCUCUCCCGCAGCGUGCUGGAGGGGCUGGCCACCGGCACCUUCAUCUACAUCACCUUCCUGGAGAUCCUGCCGCACGAGCUCAGCUCCUCCGAGCAGAGGAUCCUCAAGGUCAUCCUGCUCCUCGGCGGCUUCGCCCUGGUCACCAGCAUCCUCUUCAUCAAGAUCUGAGCUGCCCAGGGCCCCCGCUGCCAGGGACAGACCCCCUGCCCCAGGGCUAUCGGGGCAGAUGCAGCACUGCGGCGGUUCCUGGCUGAUCCAGCUGCCUUCUGACCUGUGUCUGGGGCUUGGGAAUCCCCCCCGCCGCAGCCCCACGGAGAAGCGAUUCCCCAGCCUCUGCCAAGGAGCAGCAUGUCCGCCCUGGCAGCAGGAGUUCUGGCAUUUGUGCCCCUGCCGCCGGCAGCGUGGGAUGGAUCCCAGGACUGGCGGGGCCUGGCCCUGCACUGGUAGGGUGCUGGUCGGUCCCUCUGGGGACCCCCCAUGUGGGGCUGGAAACGCCCCCUGCCUGCUGCCCAGGACCCUCUGAAUCCAAACCUGCCUGGGGUGCAGGGCAGCUUCCUCCACCCUGGAACGGCUCCUCCAGGACCCCAGCCUGGCCACGCCGGGGCAGAGUCAGAGGAUGCUUCAAUACGAGCCCUGCCCCGUAACCCUGCCGCAAAGCCUGGGGCCUGCAGGGGCACCGGGGGGCUGUGGUAGCUUCGCUGCCCCCAGCUCCUCUGCGGGGGGGCAGUCGCCCAGCUGGCAGCAUUUCCCUCCCCAUCUCUGGGAAGGCUGGGACGGCGUGUUCCUCUAGCCAGAGCCCUCAGCCCAGGAGAGUGCAGAAUCUUCCAUGCUCCUGCUUUGCUCGGGCUGUUCCUGGGCUGGGUAUCGGGUUGGGCCUGUGCCAGAGGAGCCCUGCAGUGCCAAUGCCUCCUUCCGCUCCCCUCCCACUGCAGUUUUCAGCCAAUUGGAGGGGAGCGUGGCCUGGUGGCUAGAGCACUGGACUGGGACUCAGGAGCCCUGGGGUCUAUUCCUGGCCGUGCUGCUGGGCGAUCUUGGGCAAGUCACUUCACCCUUUGUGCCUCAGUUUCCCCAUCUGUAACUUGGGGACCGUGAUCCCGACCUUGGUAAAGUGCGACGGCUGAGAUGAGGAGCUGGGAGUGAUGAAUUAUUUUUGUAAGGAAUACAGAGUAAAGACUGAAUCUGUGGCCUAUUUUAUACACGCCGGGCCAGCGGCCCAGCUCAGGCAGUGAGAGCAGUGAUGCGCCGGUUCACGCCCGCUGGAGGGUACCAGCUCUUGUACCUGUGGUUGGGGGGAUGUCCCCAGCAGGAGGCCUGCUCGUACCGGUUUAAAAGUGCCUUAGAGCCAUCCAGCGUGGUCCUCUUCCCGCACGGAGUCUUCCAAUGGAGCCACUUGUGUUGCCCUGGGCCGGGUCCAGGACCCCAAGGUGCCAGGAGCUGCGCGGAUACCGAACAAAGCUGGGCCUGCCUCAGAGAGCUUCUAGCAUCUCAAGUGCUCCAGCUGGUGUGCGCAGACCUGGCGUCCUGGGCUACACGAUCGAAUGGCCUUAACCCCUCCGGCUCGGCAAGGCCACAACACUAUUUUUAUAACCAGCCUCUUUCCAGCUGCCUGGGAGGUGGUAGGAAACCCAGGCCCAGCCCGUUUAUGUACAGAGAGUCUAUUUUACUAACUGCCUGUCUCUCCUUCCCGCCUCGCUGGUGGACACACAGCUCUUUGGUUAAAAUACUGACAGAGAAACUUCUAGAAUUUAAAAAUAAAAUGACUUUAAUCUCUA